GCCUGCGUAAACAUUACUAUGAGCUGCUCUGUUAUCUCCAAGGUCUUUCUUAGCCUUAUCAGAUAAUUGUCCUGCCGUCCUGCCCGACAUUUGGAUUUACAACAACGAGAAUGAAAUAUUGGAAGCAAAGGAAUGGAGUUCGUGGAGGCGCCUAACUGCCAGCUGACAUUUGGCGCCAAAAUGACCUUCAAAUAGAACAGUUGACCUUCAUCGCGAGAUGGCAGCCUGCUUAUGGCUGCUGGCAGCUCUCACAAUGGCAGUCGCCGCAUCGGACUCCAUCCUGGACAUCAUCGACACCGAGGAGGUAAAGCGGCUGAUUGCCCAGAGGAAGACAAACCAUUCCAGGGAUCCGGGGCUGGAGCGGAAUAAGCUGGAGGAUGAAGAAGAGGAUGACUACCCAGAACCACGACUCAGGAAAAACCUAACUGAAGAGUUGCAGGAGAUAUCGCGACAAGGACAGAAGCUGUUGCAGUCCAGCAAGAGUGCUCUGCUAGUCACUAAGAAAGAGUACCUCAAGAAAGACUGGUGCAAGACAGAGCCUCUGAUUCAAGUGAUUCGUGAGGAGGGUUGCUCUUCUGUCACCAUCCUCAACCGUUUCUGCUACGGACAGUGUAACUCCUUCUACAUACCCAAGAGUCCUCGCCGAAAGGGAAAGGCAGUCAAGAUUGACUCUGAUGGAUCGUCUUUCAAGUCUUGCGCCUUCUGCAAGCCGAAGCAGAUGUCCUGGAUGACCGUGACCUUGAGGUGCCGCAAGAAGAAGAAGCCCAGUUUGCGUCGCAAGAGAGUCCUGAGGGUGAAGCAGUGCAAAUGUAUUACCCAGAUCCUGGAUUAGAUCAUGGAGUAUCAGGCAUAUAAUUGUUGGCGGUAUUUUUGUGACACCCUGUAUGGUCAAAUCAACCGAAUACACCCAUACAAUAUUGGGGAGGAGAAGGGAGUAAGGCCUGGAGGGUUGUAGUCAGGUUAUAUUCCAGAUAAAAGUAUGAAUAGCUUGUUACAUUGAAGUCAUGAAGUUUUAAAUUUCUCUACAUAUUAUACGUAUUAUUAAAUAUAGAGGUCUAUUUUAUCAAUUAAAUAUUUUAUUUUGUUUUUGUUUUAUCAGGCCAAUUCUCUUGUCUGGUUUGAUAAGUAUAAUUUAUGAAUUGAAAGAAUUUUUAUUUACUGUUAUUUGACUAAUGUUUACACAGUUUCUACAUUUAUUUAUUUAGCUAUUUAAAAUUUAAGGUAAGGUAUUUUAUUACCGGUCUCAUAAUAUAUAAUAAGAUAAGUCAUUAUUUGUAAAUGUUUGUUUGUACUCCUGCUGAGAUAUAUUUGUGAUUCUUUUCAUCACAAAACGAGGUGUAAUUUAUAAAGAAACAAUAUUAGUUUGUUUUCAAUAACUUCGUUUUUCUAUAAUCUGUUCCAGAUGAAUAUUAAAACUAUUUACGUUUUUUCUAAAGGACUACGGUGCACAAAAAGCAGACUAAAAUAGAAUAACAAUAGACAUACUCCUAAGUCAUCAAGCCAAUAUAUAACGCUGCUAAUCGUAUUAGAUUACACGUUGUUAUAGACGAUGGAAGAUUUGAAAGGAUAACAGGAUUUCGGACAUUUGCCAUCGUUAUAAUAUUAUUACGUGUAUAACUAAGUAGGUGUUAUACAUAAAACGUAUG